AUGUUUGUUCCGUGUUGUUCUCCAAAACACUGCGUGCACUCUGACCCGAAAGGCGGGUCGGGUGAGACGAGAGGCGAGAGGUCGGGGUCCGAGUCGAAUUCUGAACGGAACCAUCACCCGCCGCAUCCACCCCAACAACAGCCGCAGCAGACAAAGACGAAGUCGUCGCAAAAGCAGGGCCGGGAUCAAGAGUGCCUGGAGAGGGGCGUGCAAGACCACGAAGGGGUUGCGCCGAGGACAACGGCUGAAAGUCAGCAACAGCAUUACCAACAUUACUCGCCCUUACCCCAAUCGCAGCAGCCCCAGCCACGCCAGGAAGCGUCUUCCCAACCUCAGCAUUACAUUCCCCAUCAUCAGAUGCGCGUGCAGGAUUUGCAACAGCAAUUGCAACAGCAUCACCAGCAGAUCUUGCUGCAUCGUUCGCUGCAGCGGGCCGUGCAGCAUGAAAACCGCGCUGUCGAGCAAGAGGAGAAUUACUGCGAUAGCAACAGCAACCACACGAGCCAAGACGGCAGCAAUCACGGCCGCUCACGAGUACACGCCUGCUUAUAUUUGGCCGUUUCAUUUAUCCACUCUAUCUAUCUAUCUAUCUAUCUAUCUAUCUAUCUAUCUAUCUAUCUAUCUAUCUGUGUUUGUGUGUGUGUGUAA